AAAAUGGUCAGUGAGCAACAAAAAGAUGAAAUAAUCGCAUUAGAAAGUAUUUAUACUAAUGAAGAAUUUUCUUAUAACUUAAACAAUGAUCAAUACCAGUGUUCGUUGAAGAUAUUCAUAAAUUUACCAGAGGGUUAUUAUUUAACUUACAAAGAUGAGAGUAAUCCAGAUGAGGCUGAUGAAAAAUUAUCAAUUGGACAUUUACCGCCGCUUAAAUUAUACAUGACACUACCAAAAGAUUAUCCUGAUAAAUCAGCCCCAAAAUUCACUCUGUACUGUUCCUGGAUGACUCCAUUUAAUCUGACUAAACUUUGUAAAAUGCUUGAUAAAUUAUGGGAUGAAAACAAACCUCAGGAAAUUAUUUUCACGUGGGCAGCAUUUUUACAAAAUGAGAUACUGGAUUUUUGCAAUAUGAAUGAUUAUUUAAACUUGAGUAAGCAGUACACUUUUUAUAAGAAAAAUCUUAAUGGUAUAAAAUCUGAAGAACUAAACGUCAAUAAAAGAGAUCAAUUUAACAAUAAAAAUUAUUCUAAAGCAAGCAAAAGCAAGAAUAAUCGGGAUAGAAAAAAAAAAUCCCUCUCCAAAAGGUUCGAUAGACGUGGAGUCGUUGACUGCAGUUUUGAAAAAAAUAUUAUUGAGAUGCUUAGUAAUUACAACGAAGAGAGAGCAUGCAUUGAAUUUAAAAAAAAUUUUUACACUUGCAAUAUUUGUUUUAUGGAUAAAUCUGGUGAAUCUUGUAUACAAUUUAAACCAUGUUUACAUAUUUUUUGCAAAGAUUGCAUUGCAGGAUACCUUAAAGUAAGAAUCAAUGACGGGGCUGUGCAAAAUAUUAAUUGUCCUGAAGAAAAAUGUACUUCUGAAAUUUCUCCGGGACAAAUAAAAGAACUUGUUAGUCCUGAGUUAUUUUUAAAAUACGAUUCAACGUUGUUAAGUGCUACUUUGGACACUAUGCUGGACAUAGUUUAUUGUCCUCGUCGUCAAUGUCAGUAUCCUGUUAGCAAAGAGCCUAAUGAAAAAAUGGCUCGCUGUCCCGAAUGUCAAUACACUUUUUGUAUUUAUUGUAAAAUGGUAUAUCAUGGUAUUGAACCUUGUAAAGUUUUGUGUGCGCAAAAGGAAAAAUUAGUUUCAGAUUAUCAAAAUGCAACACAAAAAAUGAAAGAACAAUUGGAAAAUCGUUAUGGUAAAAAGCAAUUACAAACACUAGUUGAAAAUACCAUGUCAGAAAAUUGGAUAAAUUCCAAUAGUCGUAAUUGUCCUCAUUGCAACGCAGCCAUUGAAAAAUCCGAUGGAUGCAAUAAAAUGACUUGUGGUCGCUGCAACACCUUUUUCUGUUGGACAUGUGGUACUCGUUUAAAUCCAACCAUGCCUUAUUUCCAUUAUCAAGAUUCCAAGUCAAAGUGCUUUAAUAAAUUAUACCAAGGAAUGAUUAUCGAUGAUGAUGAUGAUGAUGAUGAUGAUGAUGAUGAUGAUGAUGAUAAUGAUGAUGAUGAUGACGAUCUAGACUUUCCGGCAGCUUAUCUCGACUAUGACUCGGACGAAGAUGAUUAUUACGAUGAUGAUGAUUUUGUCAUUGAUUACGAUAUUUAAUUUAUUUUUUAUACUUAUUUAUUUUGUUAUUAUAAUUUAA